GGCGCGUGCGCAGGCCGAGCUGGAGCGGAGUUUAGCAGGAGGAACGCCGUCAGGGCUGCCGGGCACCAUGCUGGCACCAGAGGCGGAGCGGGUGCUGCAGUACUUGGUGGAAGUGGAGGAGCUCGCCGAGGCAGUGCUGGCGGACAAGCGGCAGAUUGUGGACCUGGACAUGAAAAGGAAUCAGAACCGAGAGGGCCUGAGGGCCCUGCAGAAGGAUCUCAGCCUCUCUGAGGAUGUGAUGGUUUGCUUCGGGAACAUGUUUAUCAAGAUGUCUCACCCUCAGACUAAGGAAAUGAUUGAGAAAGAUCAGGAUCAUCUGGAUAAAGAAAUAGAGAAACUCCGGAAACAACUUAAAGUGAAGGUCAACCGCCUGUUUGAGGCCCAAGGCAAACCGGAGCUGAAGGGUUUCAACCUGAACCCCCUCAACCAGGAUGAGCUUAAAGCUCUCAAGAUCAUCUUGAAAGGAUGAAGUUCAAGAACCAACAUAGGGGACCUAAUGCCAGAAUCCCCCCUGGGGUCACGUAGGACCCAGAACUCUCCAACCUUUGAAACCUGCAAAGAUGGUGUCUGCCCUGCAAGGGGACAGGCAUCUGGCCAUGGCUCCUGUAUGAAGUCUCUUUCUGUAGUACUCGACUGAUCCAUGACAGCGGGAGGGAACCCUCAGCCUUCCAGUGUCUGCCGGGCCUGUCCGCGGGGGCCGGAAAGACACAAGACCCAUUGACAGUCCCGAGCAGCCACCAGUGGGUGGGCAUGGGCAGCGCCGGUGGGGGUAUGAGAAGGACUGCAACCGGCACUUCUCAACAGUGGCCUGCUGUUUGCACGGCCCCGGGCAGGGAAGGAGGGAGAGGGGAAGAGUGGGAGCUUCAUUCCCGCAUUCCUUUCAGAAAGCGAGACGUUUUCAGGCAGCGUGUGUAACAGAACUGGAAUAAAGCAGGAGGCUCACAGGUGGUUUCUGAAGGAAGGACAGAAUCUCGGUGCUCGUGGUUAGCCACAACUAUCUGUGGAGCAGACAUACUGUUUCUCCUCGCUGGCUCCACUUCGGCCUGUUUCUCCUGCUUGCUUCCAGACAGCCCGGAGUGGGUGCUGCUGUCAACCCUCCACAGCUGCUCUCUGGUCAGGAAGGCCGUGCAGACUCCUGCACCAGAGACGGGCGAGGGAGACUGCCUCUUACACGCUUCUUGCAUUCAGCAUGCCCCCUGCCCUGCCCUGCCCUGCCCCCACCACCAGGUCACCUCUGAGAGCAGGGCCAGGGCUGCUCCAAGUUUCCUUACCUUCAGUGUGAAUGCACUGUGAGGGCAGCUCGGUGUCGUUCCUGUUCAUUGAGGGCCCAAUAAAUGUUACCUAAAUGAA